CCUCCCGUCGACGCACACUGGACUCAGGAACUGCUCGACCAUGCCUUUCAAGAGUCCCAGAUCGAUCCCUCCACAAUAUUUCUUGACUCCUUUGGCCGUAGGGUUUUCCGCUACAAGGACAAAAUCAUAAAUUAUGGCAAAGCCGUGCAUAUUCAAGAAGCCCAAGUUCUCUCUUUCAUUCGAAAUUCCGGUCUCGAUAUCCCUGUUCCUCUAGUUUAUUCAUCGGGCAUGUGUGACAAAACGGGGUUCAUCGAAAUGGAGAUGAUCGAAGGAGAUACUUUACACAACAUCUGGGGUGGACUUUCAGAGGAGGAGAAGCACCGCUAUACAGCAUAAUUACGUCAAAUUGUAACCCAAUUUCGUUCGCUCGAGGGAAACUACAUUGGCUCUCUCGAUCAAAGUCCAGCAGUUGAUGCUCGCCAUAGUGAAAAAGGGUCGAAUUGGUGGCAUCAUUGACUGGGAAUAUGGAGGGUGGUAUCCAGAGUAUUGGGAGUUUGUUCAGUUCUUUCGGGCUUUGUACUCUGACUACCCUGACUAUGCCGAUGUGGUGUUUGAAACGCUAUAUCCAGCAGAGCUUACGAUAGACCACUUCUUAGGACAUUUGACGCGGCAUUAG